CAUGGCCGUUGUUUGUUUUCUUUUCGAAUUACGUUUUAAAAAGCUAAUAUCUAUAAAUCUAUUUAAUUUAUCAUAUAAAUCAAUUAUUUCAUUUCCUAUUAAUAUGCAGUGCUUCAAUAAAAAUCAGAAAUAGCUACGAAGGUAUUCAUGAUUUAGCUUACUGUUACAUCUCAGACGCAAUAAUGUUCCAUAAAACCGAAAAUUCCUUUUUUCGUCAUAAAUUUCCAAAGAGUGAUGACUUUGAAGAAGAACUUCACGAUUUGUUCAAUAAGAAGUACCAAUUCCAAUUCAACAGUGAGUGGAAGCUGCCCGACCGUGGUUCUUGGUUCUCCGCACCACCAUGGAAAGUUAAAAACUUGGAGACCAUGAAAACUCGUUUGAAUUUCCAUAAAAGUCAACUGAAUGACUUCAGUAUUGAAGAAUGGAGUAGUCAUACACGCCGACGCAACCCUGCAGGUGAAGUUAGUUGGAAAGUGCGAUGUCUCGUCAAUCCAGAAUUCUUGACACAAGCUUGGACGAAGUUCUACGAGUGUGCUUGCACGUAUAACAUUAUGCCACAAGAGGCUAGAGAUUCUAGGAAAUUCGUCUCACUACAUUUGUGUGAAGCGCCGGGAGCAUUUAUUACAUCCUUGAAUCACUAUCUCAAGUUACAUCAUGAAAGUAUUCAAUGGAAAUGGCUGGCAAAUACUCUGAACCCAUAUUAUGAAGGCAAUUCGCCUUCAAACAUGAUAAGUGACGAUCGCUUCAUGUUCCACACUCUUCAGAAUUGGUACUUUGGAGUGGACAACACGGGAAACCUGAUGAACUGGGAGAACUCACAAGCUAUUGUUAAUAGAGCCAAGAGUCUGGGAAAGGUAUUGCUGGUGACAGCUGAUGGUUCCAUAGACUGCAUGCAGAGGCCUGAUGCUCAGGAAGAAGUCACAUCACCGCUGCAUUAUUGUGAAAUUGUCACAGCCCUACAGUCUCUCAGCAAAGGUGGAACUCUAAUUUUCAAACUGUUCACCAUAUUUGAACAUUCAACAGUGUGCCUGCUGUACCUUCUGAAUCAUCUGUUCAAAGAAGUGAACAUUUACAAGCCAAUUACAUCACGUCAAGGUAAUUCUGAAGUUUACGCUAUUUGUUUACGCUACAAGGAUAACAUACUUCUGGAAGAGUUUUUGCCCAAACUACAAUCUACAUAUGGUACUGAAUUAUACAACGAACUUGCGUUAUUCCCUCUUGAAAUGAUCCCAGAAAGCUUCAUUAAGCAAGUAGAAGAAUGUGCUUAUUAUUUCUGCUCACUACAAUGCCAUGUCAUUAACAACAAUCUCCAAGCUUACCUCAUGCAAAAUAACAUAGCACUGCACAGAGACAUCAAGAGAAUAAGGGCCAUGGUGGCAGCUGAGUUCAUUUGGAAGUAUGAUUUGAAACCUAUUGACAAUGAACAAGAAAUUCUAAAAGGUAUUCUACAUGAGGAAAACAAAAUCAACAAUAACCCCAGAUACUGUAGAGGCUCAUACACAGAAAGGCAAUUGUAUACAAAAAUGUCUAUGAAGGAAAAAAUGAGGAACUUAAGCACUUCUCUGCAAGAUGAAUUAUUGUCAAAUCCAUUGGUGUUGAUCAAUGAACCAAUCAGGUGGAUGGAUCGAGAUGAAAAUGCGAAAUUGGAGCUAACAUUCACAUAUGGGCGGCCAUUGCAUGCUAUUAACAGUUCGAAGUUUAUUUUAGUGCCAAUUUUCAAACUUUACCAACAAAUACUGGCUGAGGAGGAAUUCAAAGAAGUGAUCAUGUAUCAAGCUGCCAAAGAACAGGCUAGCAUUGGGUUGAAUUUUGAUGUAUCGAAAGUAUUACAACUGCCUGAAUAUGAGUAUGUGGAUAUUUACAGUACGUAUGAGAAGAAUUGCUUCAAAACUCUAGUCAAUAUGCUUAAGGAGAUGUCUGAUGAGGAGACAUUGCUGCUACAGAAUCUGAAUACUCUCACGCAUUUUAAUGUGAGCGUCUUAUACAUAUUGUGCAAAGUUUGCUUCCAGAAAACAGGAUUUACGUCAUGCGGUAAUAUAAUACUGAGCAAGCUGGAUAAAAAAUCAUUAGAAUUGUUAAAUGUGAUUGAUCUUGAAUGCGAGAAAUUUAAAUCGGAGCCAAAUAAGGAUGUUCUCAAUUCAUUGCCAGUACAAGUUACUAAUGUUGGUGAAUUUUUCAGCAAUAUUGUCUUCUAUAAUAACACAUUCUACAGAAAUAAAUGCACAGAGUAUCUUAAUAUUAUAGAACAGUCCCUUUAAACUGCGAUUUAAUUUUCAUAUCAUUAAUAAUUAAACUGUAUAAUAUAUGAAAGUAGGGGGAGUGAAAUGAAACGUGAUGUUUGUGAUUAAUAAGGAAGGCCAUUGAUAUUGUGGAUUUCCAGAAGGAUCUUAAAUAAUUUAACUUGAAAUAUUUAGUAUAUAAUAUAAUUUAUAUCAUUAUAUUCAAGAUGCAUUUACAGUGUUGUAGAGAGUAUUUUUUGAAGUUUUAUUCCUGUAAACUAAAUAUUCUUGUUGUGUCCUGUUUCACAGUGUCAUUAAACUUUCUAAAUGUUA